UCAGGGUUUUUCGUUGUGGGGUGCACGACGAUGAUAUUUGAUGUUAGUUCUUUUAGAUCUAUUCAAGGGUUCAACAACUAAAACUGCGGCUUUAGAGCGCUGGUCCUUAGGGGCACGUGUAUGAAAACAUUCCGUCUGUUAUCGACAAGGUCAAGCAGGCAUAGAUAGGGGAGCAACAACAGUGGCGCAUCAACGCCUCGUUCUGGCGGUGGUAUUGGUUGUUCAGUGGUAUAGAGAUCCCGGUGUAUUUUUUUAUUAUGUCUAAAGGGCUUUGUAAUACAUUCGGAGGGACAAACACAGUCUUCCACGCAUGCGGGGUGACGUGGUCGGCUCACGGCAACAUGUAACCCGCUGGCUCCGGCGUCCUCGAUCCAUCGGUGCACGGAGCGGAACGGCGGCUCCUUUUCGUCGUCACCGUCGUCGUCUUGACUGACUCUCGGUGCCCCACUGCCAUUGUACCGUACGGUACGGUAUAUAUGUACACCCAGGUCCUGGCCACACAACGCAGCGGCAGCAUACACACAUAGAGGUCCCGCUGCUUUCUCAACUCCCAAUAUUCAGGGCAGCGCUGCUUAUGGCCAUGGCAACGGCGGCGACGGAGGAGGACAGGACGCGGUUGUGCGACCUCCCGGAGGCGUGCGUGGCGCACGUGAUCGCGCUCACCUCCCCGCGGGACGCGUGCCGCUGCGCCGCCGUGUCGCCCUGCUUCCGCGACGCGGCCGAGUCCGACGUCGUCUGGGCGCGCUUCCUCCCGCCGGACUACCGCGCCAUCCUCCAGCUGCACCAGGCGCCGGCGCGGCGCCUCCCCCUCUCCCGCUCCGGCUCCACGGCGGGGGCGGCGUCGGCGGCGUCGGGCUCGAGCAAGAAGGAGACCUUCCUCGGGCUCACCGACGCGGCCGUUCUGGUGGACGGUGCCGGCAUGGCGGUGUGGCUGGCCAGGGGGAGCGGGGCCAAGUGCGUGGCGCUGUCGGCGAGGAGGCUCAGCCUGCCGUGGGAGGACGGCGAGUUCAGCUGGAGGUGGACGCCCCACCCGCUCUCCAGGUUCGCGGACGUGGCCCAGCUGGUGGACUGCACGUGCCUGGACAUCUAUGCUCGGCUCCCCACCGCGGCGCUGACACCGGCCACCGCGUACACAGCGUACCUCGUCUUCGCCACCACGGACGCCCACCGUGGCCUGAGCUUCCCGGACCAGGAGACAACGGUCAGCGUGGGUGGCAAUGCUCCGUCCCGCCAUACCGUGUGCCUCCGCCCCGACGCCGCCAAGGCACGCAGGUUCAGAGGCGGGAAAGGUAUGGACGAUGUCGACGUGAGGGGGCCGGCGCUCCGCGGCGACGGGUGGUGGGAGGUGGAGAUGGGACGGCUGCGCACGGGCAACGAGGCAGUGAUGGGGGAGGAGGUGGCCGUGAGCUUUGAGAUGCUGGGGUGGUACCCCAAGCGCGGGCUCGUCGUGGAAGGCGUCGAGUUCAGGCCCCUAUGAUCAAUCGAUAUCGGAGAUGACCUCAAGUUAAUACGGAUGUGUACAUACCCGUCAAAAAGAAUACGGAUGUGUAUAUUGUUUGUACUCUAUGCUGACUGUCGGUUCAUCUCGUCGAUGAGCCAGCACGCAGUGCACGUGUAGUUUGUGAAUAGUAAUCUGAACAACUUUGUGUUCAGUUUCCAGUGUCUUAACUAGUGAUAUUAGCGAAAAUACAAAGGUGAAUUGGGUGCGCGUGCACCCACGUGAAUAUUAAAUUCAUAAAAAAUACUAAAAAAAAUAUAAAAUUCUAAAAUUUCGCGGUAUGAAACUUAGUCGAUCAUUCUACUCACGUGUGAAGUUUCAUGAUGUAUUGACAU